AUUUAGCCAAUUGGAACCUGCUCAGUACCAGCUUCUCCAAUCAGGAAACGCAUGGGCGCUGAUUCCCAAAUACUUUCACUUAUGCUCGUGGAUGAAUUAGUUAACCGAGACAACUUUAGCUUACUGUUCAGACUGAGUCGAGACUUUGGACGAAACCUACACACCAUCGCUAUAAAUUGUGCCCCUUGCGUUUCGCGGACUAUAAAAAGAAAUGUUUUUAUUUCUUGACAAGACGCUGUGUCUUGUUGUCCUGUGUGGUGUGGUCAUGACUGUGGCAGGAUCGGACCAGCUGCAGGCGGCCACGGUGUACUGGAAUGCUACUGACAGGACAGUGUUGCUGAAACAGGGGAUUAUGGACAAAGAAGGGGGUGCAUACGGAUACUUCAACGACACCAUGGAGCGCACGGGCUGGGGUGUUCUGCAGCUGUGGGCAGGUUACGGGAAGCGGGCAGGUUCCGGGGAGCCGCCGGAUGAUGACCAAAUCACCUUCCACCUGGCCGGAUACCUGGAGGGAUUCCUGACAGCUCCGGAGAUGGAAAAUCACUACAGGAACAUGUAUCCCCAGCUGAUUAAGGACCCAAAGGUGCGAGUUAAAGUAAAGAGCUGGUUGAGUGAGCAGGACCAGUGGACGAGACAACAGUCUCUCAAGUUCAAAAAUGACACCCUGUGGAAACACGCUAGCUUCAUCGUAGCCCAGUUGGAUGGGCUUCAGCAAGGAGCAGCGUACUGGGCGAAGCUGAAUAAGAGAGAGCCCCUGUCAGAGUUUGCUGUGCAGUUCCUCAAUGCGGUGGGGGACCUGCUGGACCUGAUCCCAACCCUUGCCCCGGAGACAGACCUGAACCACCUAAAAACACACUUCACAAUGCCUACCAUGGGACACUGUUCUGCCCUCAUUAAGAUGUUGCCAGGUUUUGAGAACUUGCUGCUGGCUCACUCCAGCUGGUACACCUACGCAGCCACGAUGCGCAUCUACAAGCACUGGGAUUUCAGAGUCAAAGAGCCCCAUACCGCCACCGGCAAAAUGUCCUUCAGCAGCUAUCCUGGAUUCCUGGAGUCCCUGGACGACUUCUACAUCUUGGGCAGCGGUCUGCUGAUGACCCAGACCACCAACAGUGUGUACAACGCCUCGCUCUUCUCCCAGGUGAAGCCCCAGAGUCUCCUGGCCUGGCAGAGGGUACGGCUAGCGCACUCCCUCGGACACACCGGGGAGCAGUGGGCCGAGAUCUUCUCCAAACACAACUCCGGCACCUAUAAUAACCAGUACAUGGUGGUGGACAUGAGCAGAGUGUCUCUGGGAAACUGGGUGGCCGACGGGGCUCUGACUGUGGUGGAGCAGAUCCCUGGACUGGUGGAGUACUCAGACCAGACGCAGGCCCUGCGGCGAGGAUACUGGCCCUCCUACAACGUGCCCUUUCACAGCAGCAUCUACAACCAGAGCGGCUACCCGGAGAUGUGGAAGGAGCACGGAGCCAUGUUCUCCUACGACCUCUGCCCCCGAGCCAAGAUCUUCCGCAGGGACCAGGGCGGGGUGAGCGACCUGGCCUCGCUGAAGAAGAUCAUGAGAUACAACAAUUACAAGAGUGACCCCUACGCCGAAGGAGACCCCUGCAAGACUAUCUGCUGUCGUAACGACCUGAAGGCGGAGAAGCCAAGCCCGGGGGGCUGCUACGACACCAAGGUGACGGACUUCCACAUGGCACAGCAGUUCGCGGCUGAGGUGAUAAACGGGCCCACCACCCAGGGGGGGCUCCCGCCCUUCUCCUGGAGCAAGUUCAACAGCACCUCCCACCUGGGGCUGCCGCCCACCUACGACUUCCCCUUCCUGAGUAUGGAGCCCGCCCUGGGCCCUGAUCCCUGAGCCCUGGGCCCUGAUCCCUGGUGCUCCAGAGGGGGUUUCACAAAGCAGGUUGACUGAGUUAGCUGGAUAACUGCGCUGAGUAAAACCCACUUAGCAGGGUGACUGAGUUAUCGGGAUAACUGCGCUGCGUAAAACCCACUUAGCAGGGUGACUGAGUUAUCGGGAUAACUGCACUGCGUAAAACCCAGAAUGGCUCUUCUAUACAGUCCAAAUUCCAGAUUUGGGAGCGUUCUAUGUUUUACGCAGUGCAGUUAUCCUGCGUUGUGGGUUUUACUUGGUGCAGUUAUCCAGUGAACUCAGUAAUCCUGCUUUGUGGGUUUUACUUAGUGCAGUUACCCAGCGAACCCAGUAAUCCUGCUUUAUGAAAUACCCCUGGGGGCAUACCCAACAACCAGAAGUGUCUCAACCGAAGCAUCUUUCGACAAUCAAGUCUCUGUUUGAAUCCCCAUCUGUUUGAUCACAAGUGUGUGGUGUGUUUUAAUUCUCUUAAAUGUAAGGACCCUGUUUCGUGUUGUGUGGAUGUGGGAUGGGAUGGGAUGGGAUGGGAUGAGAUGAGCAGGGGAACACCAUUGGGGAUUCUCAGGGGGCCGAGGGCCUUCUAGGGCUCUCUCUCUCAGGUCGAGCUUGCUCAAACCAAAAAAAAAAUAAAUGGGGAUCUAAAAAGAUAUAAAUGGGGGGAUGAGUUGGGAAAGGUGGUAGUGUGCUGCAUGAUGGCUCAUAAACAAGCCUAAUGGAUUGCUAGUUUUACCUAAGAAAUGUUUCCAGUAUAAUUUGCCAGUGGGGACAAAUUGCAAUAAUUGUGGUGUGUGUCUUCUGCUACUUAGAUGUUGUCACUGAGUCUGUGUAUUUGUAAUGAAAACGAUCAACGAACAAACAUUGUAAAAUUUUCUACUUAAUCUGAUUGAAAAGCUCAGGUCUGCAAUUUUCUUUCUUUUUUUCUUGGCCUAAAAUUGUAUUUUUUUAAUGUCAUUUGUGUUGUUAUGGUUGUGUUGCUUUAUAGCUGUUAAAACUCUAUUUUGUAUGAGAUUUUUCAUGAGUAAUAAACUUGGAACCCCCCA